GACGGUUGCUGGCCUCCGCAUGCGCAUGGAGCGCCUUCCCCUUGCCUGAGAGCAGACGGUUGCCGGGCGCCACUGGCAGAUCUAUUCCCAGCAGACAGUGCGGCGAUGUUGUGCAGCCGCCGCCAUGUUGACUGAGGCGCGUGUGAAGCAGCUUUGGAGGUGAGAGCCGGGACGGGACGAGACGAGACGAACCGAAUCGCGCCGCAGGAACCCGGUUAGGGCCGCAGCCGGAGCUUGGACCUCUGACAGAGCAGAGUGAGCACGGUGACCCUUCCCCCCCUUCCCUCCCCCGGCACCGGCAGCAUGGAAGCCGUCAACGCCUUUAACGAUGAGGUUUUCUUGUCUUGCCCUUUUCCUGGAGCUCUUUUCACUGAUGGAACUAAAGCCACCAAUUUCUAGGGCAAAGAUGAUUCUUAUUACUAAAGCUGCCAUCAAAGCUAUAAAGCUUUACAAGCAUGUUGUGCAGAUUGUAGAGAAGUUUAUCAAAAAGUGCAAACCAGAAUUUAAAGUUCCAGGAUUGUAUGUGGUCGACUCUAUUGUGCGUCAAUCCCGUCAUCAAUUUGGAGCAGAAAAAGAUGUAUUUGGGCCGCGGUUCAGCAAAAAUAUUACUGCGACAUUCCAGUAUUUGUAUAAAUGUCCAUCUGAUGAGAAGAGCAAGAUAGUUCGUGUGCUGAACCUUUGGCAAAAGAACUGUGUUUUCAAGAUUGAAGUUAUACAGCCAUUAUUAGAUAUGGCAACUGCAACAUCAGUUCCACCUGCACUGGAAAAUACUGAUAACAAUACUAGUCCCCCUGUUGUUCCUCCGACACCUGCACAAGCUCCUCCGAUUACAUCUGAUUCUUUGUCUGCGAUACAGCAGCAACUACCCAACUCUGAUGCAUUUGUAGCUGUAGCACAGCUUUUUCAAUCGACACAAGGAGCACAGAUACAACAGAUAUUACAGAAUUUCCAGCAGGCUCCAAAGCCACAGUCACCAGUUGUAGACAAUAGCAUCAUGUCCCAGGUGGAAGCCUUAACAGCUCAGUUGAAGCCACAGAGUACACAGCCUCCAGAGCAAAAGGCUGCCUUUGAUAAGAAAUUGCUUGACCGCUUUGAUUAUGAUGAUGAACCAGACCAGGUUGAUGAUGUGAAGAAGGAAGAAGAAUCCAGUCCACCACCUUCUCAGACUUCAUUUGGCUACUCUGGAGAAGGUAUACAGCCACCUAUGUAUCAGCAGCUUGGAAUUCGACUGCCAAAUAUGGAACAAUUUCAGCAGACCUUGAUGGGACUCCAGCAGGAGACAUUGCAACAGCAGGUUCCCCCACCUCCCAAUGGACAAUUACCAACAUUUGGCAUGGUUCCUGUUCAUCCAUAUGCAGCUAUGCCACAGCCUACCAUGCCUCCAGCACCACCUAUACAGCCUGUUUUUCAGCAAGACUACCAUACUCCAAGUGAACCACCACCAUCGCAACAGCAGCAGCAGCAAGAAGUAGAUAUGGAGAUUGAAAAACCUGAUACACGAGAAACAAAACGUCGUAGUGUUGAAACUAGAAGAUCACGCACUCGGUCUGGAUCAAGAUCACCAAAGCGAAGACGUUCUCGGUCUGGAUCUAGGUCAAGAAGGUCAAGACACAAGCGUUCUCGAUCACGAUCCAGAGAAAGACGCAGGCACUCUCCUCGUUCGCGAUCUCAAGAGCGACGUGAAAGAGAGAAGGAGAGAGAACGCCGUCAAAAAGGACUUCCACCAAUUAAAUCAAAAAUUGUUAGCGUUUGCAGCACAACCCUCUGGAUAGGACAAUUAGACAAGAGGGCAACGCAGCAGGAUGUUGCAAAUCUUCUGGAAGAAUUUGGCCAAAUCGAAUCUUUGAAUAUGAUUCCUCCAAGAGGAUGUGCUUACAUUGUGAUGGUGCAUCGACAAGAUGCAUACAGAGCCUUACAGAAGCUUAGCAGAGGGACAUUUAAGGUCAAUCAAAAGUAUAUAAAGAUUGCCUGGGCCUUAAACAAGGGAAUGAAAACUGAAUACAAACAGUUUUGGGAUGUGGAGCUUGGAGUAACUUACAUUCCUUGGGACAAAGUUAAACCAGAAGAAUUGGACCGUUUGUGUGAGGGAGGAAUGCUAGACAAUGAAACACUUUGUCCAGAAUGGAAGACUAUUACAAAGGCAUCACCAACAGUUGUUGAUACAGCUGAAAAUGGUAACACUGCUGUGACACAACCAGAAGAAAUGCCUCAAACGUCUUUGCCAAUGCCUGCACAGAUUCCUGGAGUUCAGCCAAUUCCAGCUGUUAGUAGGCUCCAUCCACCAAACUUUUCAACAAUUCCACCACCUACUUUCAAUCCUGGAGUGCCACCACCUCCACCUCCACCACCACCACCUCCCUUUAUGCGACCUGGUUUCAAUCCAGUACAGCCACCGCCUGGUUAUCUUCCACCAGGGCCUAUUCCUCCACUGAGUUCUGCAAUGCCCAUUGGGAGUUCAGGAACGAACAUUCCAACAUGCGAGUCUUCCCAUCUUCCUGCAACACCACUGGGUUCCCAGGAAGAUAGUGCAAAGAAUUCCUCACUGAGGAACCCGACCCCUACCUUAGUGUCUACGCUGAGAAACAGUGAGGACGUUACAGAUGGUACUAAAUAUUUUGGACCUGUACAGGGACAUAACCCUGGGCUGGGAGGUACCAACGUACCAUUCUCUACAACACAAGCUAUGCCUGUCAUUGGAAGUCAAAGUGGAACUGCAGCACACACUCCCUUAAUGAGUGUACAGCCACCAAGCCCUGGUCUCUUGGGUGCGCGGCCUGGUUUAAUACCGCUACAGCGGCCGCCUGGAGUUCCACCACCUCAUCUGCAAAGGUUUCCUGUUGCUCCACCACGUCCUCUGCUACCACAUUUAUUACAUAGGGGCCCACCACCUCCAGGGCCAGGAGGAUAUGGAGUUCCUCCACCUCAUGCCAUGCGUGGUCCGUUUCCACCUCAAAAUGUUUUUGGUCGCCCUGGUGUGGCUGAGGAUAGAGAUGGAAGGCAAUUUAGGAAUGACCGACAUGGAUUUCCUCCAGGAAGGGAUCGCGACCAGGAUCAACGCUUUGGCAGAUCAGAUUUCAGAAAUCGUCCUUUUGGUGGAAACCGAAAUGAAAAUGAUCGUUAUGGAAAUCGUCAUGAAGAUAGAGAUCAUGAUCGCCAUAGUGGUGGACGUGAUAGAAGGGAAUGGGGGAGAAGAAGCUCUGAACGUGAGAGACACAGAGACUCGGAAGAAAGGAAUAGACGAUCAAGUGGACAUAGGGAUCGUGAUUCACGAGACAAAGAAUCUCGCAGGGAUAGAGAUAUGGAUCAACGUGGAAAAGAAAAGCCUGAAGAAACUGAUGAAAGCAUUGAAGAGCAUCACAGAUCUAAUGGCGAUACACAGGAAGAAAUAAUGAAACAGUCCGACGUGAUCCCAGGUCCUGAAUCUGCUAAAGGAGAAUCUGAUUCACCAAACAUGAAUUUGAAAGCUGCAGGAAUGGUAGGAUUGGAGCCUACCUCAAGUAAUCAACCUGAUACAAAAAAUUCAGGUGCAGCUGAUGAGGCUCAGUGAUAGGAACUAAUUGUAAUAAAACACAUGAUGUGGUAGUAAUUGAUGUAUACACCACAUUAUUGUGCUGUGAAGCUUUAGAGUUGUAUAAAAAAAUGAUGUAUAAAGUAUUGCUUCUGCUAUCCUACAGUCCUGUCUAGUUUUAAAGUUUUAAGCAAAUUGUUUGCUUUCCCCAGUAUUCAGAAUGACCAUAUGAUUUACUCCGAAGGCUGAACACCCAACAACCAGGGAAAAAAAAAAUCAAAUUUUUGCUGUACGUUUUUAAAACUUUGACAUAAGGUAGAAGUGCUUUCUAUUCUUUUUUAAUUUAAAAAGAUAACAAGCGAUGAAAGCUCCUCCAAAAGUUGAGCUUAGGGAUUUGUUUUUAAUAAACUCUAUUUUCUUAACAAACUUUAGAGCGUGUGAUAUUCUUCCUCGGACUUGUGGAGAAAAGAAUGUCAUGGGAUGGAAGAAUAAGGCUGAUAAACACCCUAAAGUUUGAUAUUUUCUAUAUGGGAAGCAAGUCUAAAUUAGACUCUCAGUAUGCAUUCUUUUAAAAAAAAAAAUUGGAAAUUGUUUUUCAACAACCAACUAGAACCCAAAACAGAUUGCUUUGCAAAGUGUAUUAUAAAAAUAUUAGUGUAUUUCACUGGUGAUGUAUAGAAAACUUAUAAAGUUGCCCACUCAAGAUCAGGAAACAAAUGGUCUGAACAGUACUUUGUUUUAGAAUGUUUCUUGAAAGUUUAUUUGUUCUUUUCCCUUAAAUACAGACUGUUUCUUAAAAGUAACAGUUAUCCUGUUUUCUUCUGUUUUGGAUGCUAAUGUAGUUGUAAAAAGAGUAUCACAUGUUCACUAUUCUAGCAGACAUCAAUAUUAUAGCUGGGUUAAUGAAUGUUGUUUAGAUUUAAUAUAUGGCUGUGUAACUUGCUUUAACCAUAAAAAAAAUCAUGGAAAUUAUUCACCCACUUGUUUACGCAAAACAGCAUUUUGGCUCACUUAAAGUUUCAUGUUAUUUCCACCUAAUCUCAG